UCACACAUGUUGCAACUUUGAGCGAAAAUUGAGGUUAACUUUUACGUUUUUUUUACCACGCGUUUACUGGAAUUGAUCGAUUACCAUUUUACUUGAAGGAGUUUUAACACGUCACAGUUUGGUUCUUGCAACCACCGUUAUAGCAUUUGAUUUUAGUUUUCUAUUAUUGCUGGGAGUUCGAUUUUCGUAAGUGCUCAAUUAUGUCGAUUUUGCGUGCAUGACGCAAUAAAACCUUUGACCUACGGAAUCCCUCAUAGUUUAUUCCUGUAACCAGAAACCGUAACUUCUAUUGUUUAUAACAAUGCAUCAUUUAUGAGCGAAGAAGAGGUCAUCACACAAUUUGGACGAUUUAUUAACAUUCAUUGAUUAAGACUUGACGUUGGUAAUCAAUUGUAGUUUUUAAACUUUGACAAUGCGCUGCUAGAAAAGUAAAAACUAAACCAUGGCCGAAUAUCACCCACUUUUUGGCGUUUGGGACUAUGUUGUCCUAGUGAUUGUUUUAUUAAUUUCGUCCAGUAUCGGCGUUUAUUAUCGAUUUACAGGGGGGAAACAGAAAACCAUGCAGGAAUAUUUAUUAGCUGAUAAAAACAUGUCUAUAACUCCGGUCGCUUUUUCCCUGAUGGCUUCCUUCAUGUCAGCGAUCACACUUUUGGGUGUCUCCAGCGAGAAUUACACUUUUGGUAUCCAAUUCAUUGUAAUAAACCUUGCGUAUGGGAUAUUCACACCAGUGGCGGCGUAUUUAUACCUCCCGGUUUUUUUCAAAUUGCAAGCAACAAGCGCAUAUGAGUAUUUAGAGAAACGCUUCGGGAAAGCUUCACGCCUCGCAGCCUCCUUGUCCUACACCCUUCAAAUGACCUUGUACAUGGGGAUCGUCCUCUACGCCCCUGCGUUAGCCCUCGAGGCUUUGACUGGAAUCAGUAAAGUAGCAGCGAUUUUAUCAGUGGGUCUUGUGUGUACUUUUUAUUCGACGAUUGGAGGCAUGAAGGCUGUCUUAAUGACGGAUGUUUUCCAGUCGAUUUUAAUGUUUGCUGCUGUGUUUAGUAUUAUUAUUUUUGCGGCUAUUGAAAAGGGGAGUUUGGCGGAAAUUUGGAGGAUUGCCGAACGCGGAAAUCGGACGGAAUUAUUAAACUUUAAUCCUGAUCCCACCGAGAGACAUUCUUGGUUUUCGUUGAUCAUUGGUGGCGGGAUCACGUUUUUGUCGUUAUAUGCCGUUAAUCAAACUCAAGUGCAACGAUAUUUGACUGUGAAGGAUUUGAAAGCGGCGCAAAAAGCGCUGUGGCUGAAUUGGCCCAUUUUGACUUGUUUGAGUCUCAGUACGUCCUUUUCGGGGCUUGCGAUUUAUUCGAAAUACUACAAUUGUGAUCCAGUUUCAGCCAAAGUUAUCAACAGUGUUGAUCAGCUAAUGCCCUUGUAUGUGAUGGACACGAUGGGGGAUAUCCCGGGCCUCUCCGGCCUUUUCGUUGCUGGUAUUUUCAGCGCUUCUUUAUCCACCGUUUCAGCAGCACUUAACAGUUUAGCUGCUGUAACAGUAGAAGAUUACUACAAGCCUUUAUACAAAUAUAUUGCGAAAAAACCUUUAUCGGAGAAGAGAGUUUCUGUACAAACAAAACUAAUUGCUUUAUUUUUCGGCUUCGUAUGUUUGGCUAUUGCUUUUCUGGCCCAAUUUCUAGGGGGUGUCCUUCAAGCUUCCUUGACAAUAUUUGGGGUCAUAGGAGGACCGCUUUUAGCCCUUUUCACCCUAGGGAUGUUUACAACCACUGCCAAUGAAAAGGGGGCUUUAGUUGGUCUUGUGUCAGGUAUUUCUCUAGCUUUGUGGAUGGCUUUUGGGAACCCCAAACCGCCUUUGCCUACGUUACCAGUGACAACAGAAGGAUGUUCUGACGUUUUUUCGAAUAUUAGUAUUACAAAUGAGCCUUUAGUGAACAAUUCAGACAAUAAAGAAUAUUUUUGGUUAUAUAAAGUGUCGUAUUUAUACAAUGGAGUUUUCGGCUUAGUUACCACAUUAGUUGUUGGUUAUUUGAUGAGUUUUAUUUUUAAUCGAAUUUAUGGGAGGGAGGAUCAACACUUGGACCCAAAUUUGUUUAUUCCACCGUUACAAAGAAGGCUGCAAAAGAGGGAAUUAUCACUUAAUAUGAAGCAAUGGUCUGACUCCGAAGAGGAUCUAAGAAGUAAAAACGUGUUGAAACGAAAAUACUAACGUGUAUUAUUUUUCUAGAAGUACUUAUUUAUUAUGUCACGUAAAAUGUCUUCCAUUAGAAAAUAAAUAAACCACAUUGUGAGUUUGAUUGAAA